AUUUUAUGUUAGUAAAAAUGGCAAGAAUAUGGACUAUCCUUUUGUUAAUCCUGACUAGUGCUUCUUUGGUGGAUUGAUAUGGUGGGCCAUUGAAGUAUUUUCGAUCCUCUCCAUAUACUAAUUUCGAAUUGGUCUCCUCCAAUCUUGAAAGGAAUCAUAACAUAAUGCUACAGUUUCUGAGUUUAUUCAAGGCGAUUCAGUUUGGAGCUCAGCACUUUAAUCUGACACUUACUAAAGACUCUCUGUUAGGUUUAUGGUCACUGUUUUUGAAGACUUUCUUUUAUUGUAAAAGCUGGAGUUGAAUAACUCUUGUUGAUGUCAUGGUCGGAGGGUUUGACGAAUUCAGGCACUUUGCUGUGGGCGUCAUAACUGAAAGAUAUUUGGGGUAUGAUUAUUUAUCCUGGCAUUAUUUUAAGAAGGAGUGGAAUGUUAUUAAGAAAAUCACCCAUGAUAGAGGCAAGCAGGCUUUUGUAGAUAAAUCCAAGUGCAUCCGAGAACGAAUUGCUCGAUAUUAUAUGCCAAUGUUCGAAGGCAAUGAUACUUCCUCCUGAACUGAGUUUGAUGAUAUCAUUGUUAGCUUCUCUGACCAGCCGUUUGAAGAUAGAUCAAGCCUCUACUAUUUUGUAUGUAAAGUUGUACUCCUAAUGAUUCUGGUUGGAAUAUCUUUUAUUGUUUCAAAGCUCAUACGAGCUGAGUGGAGAACAUACCUUAAACAAGAAGCUAUUUUUGGGCAAAUGGAUCAGUUAAGGAUCACCAAUAGAUCACAUCAUAGGGGUAGAGAAAACUUUCUUGACUUUAAAGAUGUUCUAGCCGAAGCCCAAGGAAAUGAAAUUAUUAUUGAUAUGGUUGCCUCUGACUUAUCAUCUAAAACUUAAAGUUUGUUAUUUGGCCCUUCAAGGUAAACCUAAAGUGCCAAGAUUAGCAAUGUUAUAUUUUAUUUGGUUCAACUGUU